UCAGUCUGAAGGCUUUGGCGGCUGCGGCCCGGUAGAGCCAGCCGGGCGUCGCUCGGCCCUUCGUUGGCGGAGCGUCCCCGGCCGCCCGCGGCGCAUAAGGCCAAGGCUUUCCGACUUCAGCUACAGUGCUAGCUAAGUCGGGGAAGGCAACACGGAGCAAAGCCGCGCGUUCCCCCACUUCUCUCGGCAUCGGGCUCUGGCAGCGGCUGAACGGGCCGGCAUGGCGCGGGGAGCCGAGUCGGUGGGCGAGCGGCGGCGCUGCGGAUCAGUGGCUGCCUAUUUUACGUCUGCAAAGUUUCUUCUUUAUCUUGGACAUGCACUGUCUACUUGGGGAGAUCGUAUGUGGCAUUUCGCUGUGUCUGUAUUCCUGGUUGAACUUUAUGGAAACAGCCUACUCCUGACUGCAGUCUAUGGACUGGUUGUGGCAGGAUCAGUUCUUCUCCUGGGAGCCAUUAUUGGAGACUGGGUGGACAAGAACUCCAGGCUCAAAGUGGCCCAGACAUCCUUGGUUGUACAGAAUGCAUCUGUCAUCCUGUGUGGUAUAAUCCUGAUGAUUAUCUUCUUGUUUAAGACACAGCUUUUGACCUUAUACCAUGGAUGGCUUCUUACGGUGUGUUAUAUCCUGGUUAUCACAAUAGCCAAUAUUGCCAAUUUGGCCAGCACUGCCACAGCGAUCACAAUUCAGAGGGACUGGAUUGUUGUGGUUGCAGGGGAAGACAGAAGCAAACUGGCAGAUAUGAAUGCCACAAUAAGAAGAAUUGAUCAGUUGACCAAUAUCUUGGCCCCAAUGGCAGUUGGCCAGAUAAUGACGUUUGGCUCUCCCGUGAUUGGCUGUGGAUUCAUUUCUGGUUGGAACUUGAUGUCAAUGUGUGUGGAAUACCUGCUGCUCUGGAAGGUUUAUCAGAAAACCCCUACUCUGGCUCUCAAAUCUGCAAAGGUUGAAGAAUCAGAACUGAAACAGCUGAAUGUAAAAAAAGAGUGUGACAUGAAACCUGCUGAAGGAGUGCAGUUAAUUGUUGAGAAAGAUGCAACUGGCUUUGAGCCUCAACAGGAGAAGGAAGUCAGCUGUGUUUCCCGGAUUGCUGAGCCUUUCAUCACGUUUCGUGAUGGAUGGGUUGCGUACUACAACCAGCCAGUGUUUCUUGCAGGCAUGGGUCUUGCAUUUCUGUAUAUGACUGUUCUGGGCUUUGAUUGUAUUACUACAGGCUAUGCAUACACUCAGGGUUUGAGUGGCUCUGUGCUAAGCCUCUUGAUGGGUGCCUCGGCAGUCACUGGAAUCAUGGGAACAGUAGCUUUUACUUGGCUUCGUCGCAAGUGUGGCCUGGUUCGCACGGGGCUUAUUUCUGGAGUUGCUCAGUUUUCUUGUCUGGUCUUGUGUGUAAUCUCUGUAUUCAUGCCUGGAAGUCCUAUGGAUUUGACUGUUUCCCCAUUUGCUGACAUUAGUGCCAGGCUCUUUGAAAGUGAGCCAUUACCUACUAUAGCAUCUCCAGAAGAUAAGCCUGAAAUGGUUUUUGCAACUGGAAUGCCCAACUUGUUAAACGGGUCUACUACUCCUGCUAACAGUGACCCAGAGAUGAGUCCUGAGCCUGUGCCUUUAAUCUCUGUUAGUCUCCUAUUUGCAGGAGUCAUCGCUGCUAGAGUUGGCCUUUGGUCCUUUGAUUUGACUGUCACACAGUUGCUCCAAGAGAAUGUGGUAGAAUCUGAAAGAGGCAUCAUAAACGGUGUCCAAAACUCCAUGAAUUAUCUUCUUGAUUUGCUGCACUUCAUCAUGGUCAUCUUGGCCCCAAACCCUGAAGCUUUUGGCUUAUUGGUGCUUAUUUCUGUGUCUUUUGUUGCAAUGGGCCACAUAAUGUACUUCAGAUUUGCCCAAAAAAGCUUGGGAAAACAACUUUUUGUUUGUUGCACUCCUGAUCCCAAAGAGGUCUCUGACAGUUCACCACCUGGUAAUACAUCUACUGUCUGAAAGGAUCCGCUUCUCUUAACUAACUUGCUAAACAAAUAUCAUGGUUAACCACAUAUACUGCCUUUGUUGACCCUAAGGUGUUUCUCUAGAGUUGUAUGAAUAACUUGGGUGUUUGAGGAAGCUGUCCCAAGAGAGCUAAAAUUCAUCUUAUAGUGACCCUGUAAAAGUAUUUCCUGUUUGGCAGAGGGCAACCUAGUUGGAUCUUGACGGCUGGUGUUUCAAAAGUUCCCCAGAGUUAUUCAUGAGUAUUUGACCACAAAAAUAAUGUUGAAUUUUUGUUGUUGACCCUCACAGUGAUACUGUUUAGUAGUUAUGCAUACUCACCUUGUUUGAUAAUUUUUGCACUCACAGAGCAAAACAAGGGAUUUGGCUUUCUGGGAUUUUUUUGUUUUUUCCUCUUACUAUAAUCAGUUCUGCUACCCUGUCUUCUCAAACUGAUAUGAACAUCCCUCAUGUAUUCCUGAAGUGGAGUCUUAAGGUCAGAUGUUUCCCAAAAUAACUUCUUAGUAUUCUAUGUGUUCUGGUUUAACUUUACAGAAACACCUUUGUGGGUUUUUUUGCAUGUUUCAUUACAAAUUAAGACAAGUGCUAGGUACAAGAUGUUGUAUUACACUUUUGUUGCACUCGGUAAAGUAAACCAUAGCCUCAUUUUAGCAGAAGCAAUUGAUGUAACAUUACAAAGCGUGGCUUUUUUUAAUUGCAAAUGACAGGUCUGUUCAAGUUUGAUGUAGCAGAAAGUGCUAAGGUCAGGAGUACUGGUACAGAAAGAUAAAGUCUUGAGCUAGCUUAGUUUUUGCCUCAGACUACAAGCAGCUUUUUUCAGAAACUGUGUUAAAGCCUGAUGUAUUGGAAAAUAUUAAUAUUCCAGGCAAAACAAAUCCAAAAGUGGAUUACUUGCAUUUAUCUGUUUUAGCUGUAUGUGAAUUUCACUUUGUUUUAGCGGUAUUUUUAAAACAAUGAGAUGUUGGACUGUGUGGCCUUCUAAAGCAAAAAAGAAUGAUAUAGCCCUCUGAUUUUCAAGAAGUUCUUGCUUUUUUUUAACCCAGCACAUGUACUAACUGCAUGUGCACUUUUGUGGAAACUGUGCACUCUGCUUCCUCAGUAGAGCUGAACCUGGUAGUGUUCUGAGUUCUCCUAUGGCAUGACAAUAUGGCUUCUAAAUUUAAAUAUUUCUAAAUUUUUUUUUUGUAAAAUAAGCUUUAUGCAAAAACAUAUGUUUUUGAACUUAUGAAAAGUAUCCUCUAACAUUUAAGGUGGUUUAAAUUUUAGGUACUGUGUUUGACACACUCAUCUAUGUUGCCUGACUUCAAGCCUGGAAUGUAAAUGUGUGAACUCCAUUGUCUUUAAAGGCAUUACACCAGGGUUGAAUCUAGGCCAUUCAUCUUAGAGUUUCUAAUGAUAACAUUAUAUCAAACUAAGUAGAUACAAAGAUACAAAGUAUUGUAAGAGGUCUGGAAGUGAAUGAAUGGGAAUCCAAUGUACAACAGAUGUCCUUGUAGCCCUUAGUAUUCAGUAACUGGAUGUAAGAAUUUUUCUCCUCUAGUGGACCAAAUCAUCGCUGUUAUGUUACUGAAAGUUUCUCAGGGAUAUUUUCACUAGGUUUGUAAGUGUUCAUACUUUGACCAAGCUUUUGGAUUUUUUGAUGUGAUAAAUAUGUAAAUUAGCGUAGGCCUAAAAUUUGUGACUCAUUCCUGAGUGUAAGUUUUUUAAGGAAAAGGGAAGUUUGCCAUCAGCAGAAUUUAAAGUCAGAAGAUAAAACAAGCUUAUCUAGAUUUGUAGGAUAAAUAUGCCCAAAGGGUAGCUUAUAUGGUAUGUGAUAAAUACACUAGUAAAUACCUCUGAUUUGCCAAAUACAUUUGCUCAUGUGUAAAUUGGGACCAGAUUUUAGUAUUGCUAAAUAUAAAUAAAAGUAGCCCAAAUGUCAGUGAGUGCCUCAAAACUGCACUUUGAUCAACAUCUGAAUGCCACCAUAUAUAUUGGACUCACUGUCCAUCAAGGAAACAAAGCAGAAAAUGCAGCUGCUUGUGAACUGUCUAUAGCCUUCAGAACCUGGUGUGCCUAAAGCUUAAUGCUGUAGCUGUAAGCACCAGACAUCCCAGAGAGGAUGUGUUCCUGAAAUCUAAAGAGCUCCAAAACCAUAGCAAAUAGAGCCAGGAGCAUACCACGUUCCUGUCUGUUCUCAAAGUUAUGUUUUUAUUUUUCCAAAAGCAGUGCAGUCUUGAGUAGCAGUUUGUUUUGUAAGUAGUUCCUCUACAUAGCACAGUCUGGAUCCCAAGCCAAAGUAGUAGUAUUGGCAGGAUAUUAGACAUUUGUAUUUUGUACAUAUAAUGUUGCUAGGAUUCAUUUGUGUAGAUAUACAGCUGGGAGGCAAGACAAUCCUAUAAGAGAAAGGAAGGUGGAUGCUAGCUUUAAGAGAAAUGAAGUCUAAAUUGAAGGUCUUGUACAUACUGAUCUGAGUCAAUGUCAAAGAACAUGUGCUGCUUGAGCACAACCUGUUUGUGUUUAAGUCUAAGAUGUACACAGACACCUGUACUGAUAGUGCUUUGGAGAAAUGUGGAGCCUGAAGUCUUUCUUAGCAGGACUUUAACCAUUUUUGGCCAUUUAUUUAUUUAUUUUUUUAUGUCAAACUUGGAUAAAAGCUGCCCUUAAAGUGUAUACACUAGAAAUCAAUCUUAUGAGAAUAGCAUAUUUUAUUAUACAACCUUAUGCUGGACAUAGUAUUGAUUUAAGUAUUACUGUUGUUAAAGCUAAUGAAUAAAUUUGCAUAAAAAAGUA